AUGUAUGAAUACUUACAUGCCAUUACAUGCAACCCGUUUCUCUGCAGCAACGUAGCGUGCUUCACGUUCGUGUCUGGGCUGCGCUACGGCCUCUACCCCUUGGCACGCGACACCACCUCCUAUCUGCUGGGAGAGACGGAGAAGUCGGCUAGCUCCAUGUUUGUGGCUGGGUUGGGUGUGGGGGCGUUUGCGUUCAUGAUGGGUAUGCCCUUCUAUAACGCCAAGACGCUGUUGCAGGCGGAGGCUGGGUUGGUGGACGCACACGGGUGUCUGACCAGCGGUGCGAGGAAGGGCCAUGCACGGCAGUAUAGGCAUCUGGGGCAAGUGUUGACCCAAGUGUACCGCUCGCAAGGGACGUCUGGUCUGUUCCGAGGGCUUACGCCGGGUGUUGCGAGAGGAUCGUUGCUAUCUGCAGGCCAGACCACGAGUUACGACUACACCAAGACCUACAUACUUAGACACGAGUUGAUGGAGCAAGGCCCCGUGAUGCACGUGCUGUGCAGUGUCAUCGCGGCGUUCUGUGCAGCCACGCUGUGUGCACCAGCUGAUCUCGUGGGCAGUCGAUGGCAAACGGCCCCGUUAAUGGGCAGGAAGUACACCUCUCUCGUGCACUGUGUAACUAGCCUGGCCAAGGAGGAAGGGGUAUUAGUAUUUUACCGCGGAUGGUCUGCGCUAUUCAUACGCCUCGCACCAGUGUUCUGUGUGAGCGUCCCGCUGUAUGAGGAAUUACGGAAUCGCCUUGGAAUAGGAUACAUGGAUUAAGUGGGCCUUGUAUGAUUGAUAAAAAUUAAUUUAGACAACAAGACAUAAAAUCAGGAUUUUAGCGCAA